CAAUCACGUAACUCCACAUCCAUCCAAAUCUAUCAUCAUUUCCUUUUCAUUAUUUUUUUUCCUCUGCACAAUCCGUCUCGCACCGUCUCGUCGAUUAUUCCCAAUCUCGUCUAAUUCUCUGCGAUAAAACGCAAACCGCAUAAACCACAUCAUCGUCUUCUUCUUCUUCUUCUUCUUCUUCUUCUUCCAAUUCGAAGCAAAAUUCACAUUCAAAAUUAGGUUUAGGGUUUUCAAUUUCAAUUUCACCCAAAUAAGAAAGAGGAAUUGAAGGUUCCUUUAUGAUUCUCUGUUCAAUCAGGAACCUAACUCUGAUCAUACUGUUAAUCUUCGCGGUUCAAUCGAUCCAAACCAACACCAUGAAGGUUCACCCCGUGCCGAGAAAGCGCAACAUCACAAUCCAAUUCGGCGAGGACGGUAGCCACCACGUCUCCUCGGAGGCGCAGGCGCUGUUGGGAAUCUCCGGCAAGAAGCUUCGGAGGCUGCCUCACGUCUUCAGCCGCGUCCUGGAACUCCCGUUCCGCUCUGACGCUGACGUGGCGGUGGAGGAGGAUCCUGACUGCUUCCGCUUCGUGGCGGAGACGGAGGGAAUCGGGGAGGUGAGGGCCCACACGGUGGAGAUUCACCCUGGUGUUACGAAGAUUGUGGUUAGGGAUGGAGGGUCGGUGGAGCUUUCGCUUGACCACCUUGAGCUUGAUAUGUGGAGGUUUCGCUUGCCGGAAUCGACGCAGCCGGAGCUUGCUAGUGCGAUUUUCGUCGACGGAGAGCUUAUCGUGACGGUGCCGAAAUUGCAGAAUAUUGAGGAUAAUGGAGGUAGUGAUAGAGGUAUGGGUGGUGGUGGUGGUAGGCUUGUGCUUGUACAGUGAUGAUGAUAAUGGUGAUCAUGAUUCUUUUGUUAAAUCGUUGUUGCCUUCAAAUCAUGGCAUUAGUAUGUGAUUAGGAAUUAGGUUGUUGUUGUUGUUGGAACUAGUUUCUUUCCUUGUGAAUUUGAUUGUUGUUGUUCUUCACAUGGUAACAAUAGUCUAUCUUCAUGGCAAUGAGAAAUUUCACGGUUAGUUUUAA